UACCAAUUCCCACACCACAGUUGCUGACAAACUUUCUCUAUCGAAAGACGUCGACGACGACGACAACGAAACGUGUUUGGCUUAUAAACGAAAGAACAAAAGGAAAUAAGUUAAGAAGGAUCUGCUAAAGGAAAUCAUGAAAUUUCUAACAAGUUUGUGUUUAAUUGCUUCAUUGGCAACAAUCGCUUGGGCCAGCAGUGCUGCUUGGGGCCGACGCAACUCGACCGAUUAUUUGCUGUUGCGUGAAAAUGUUGUGCGAACACCAUUAAAGAACAACUAUUGGAGUGUUAAUGUACAAUUUCCAAAAUCGGGCCAAGUCAACAAAAGAGUUAUAACUGCCAUUUUUGUAUAUGACCGCUUUACAAAUUCGUCCGGUGCUUUCCCCAGUCUAUGGUCGGGUGGUCCCAAUCUAACAUAUGCCACCGUUAAUUUGAAGAGUCAAGUAUCGCGAGGCAUCAACUCAACCGUUGAAAUUUACGGAAGAUAAACUUCGACACGAACACACGCCACUACAAACAUAGAUAUGUUUAGAAUAAAUAAUAAAAUAAUUUGUAAAUAGACUUUUGAAAUUAGAAAACAAAUACAAAUAA